UCAUUCCAAGAGAAUCAAGACAGCUUGAUAACUUGGUGCCUCCUCCACAAAAGGAAGAGGUGCCGUUUAGCUCCCUGUCUUCUUCUACUUCUUGUCCUUGCAUUGCACUCAAUUUGCAUAGUAAAAAAGAAAAAGAAAAAAAGAAAAAAUAUGGCUAUAUCAAGUCGGUUACUGUCGUUGGUCAUCCUCUCGUUGGUGGUUUCUUGUGCAUUCGGAGAAAAAACUAAGGGGGUUACCUAUGAUGCUCGUUCAAUGAUCGUUAAUGGGGAAAGGGAAUUGCUCUUUUCUGGUUCCAUUCAUUAUCCUCGUAUGCCCCCUGAGAUGUGGCCUGACAUCAUAAGGAAAGCUAAGGAAGGAGGUUUAAACCUUAUCCAGACUUAUGUCUUCUGGAAUCUACACGAGCCCGUUCAAGGCCAGCUCAACUUUGAAGGAAACAAUGAUGUGGUCAAGUUCAUCAAGGAAAUUGGUGAGCAGGGCUUGUAUGUCACCCUCAGGAUUGGACCAUACAUCGAGGCUGAAUGGAAUCAAGGAGGAUUCCCAUACUGGCUAAGGGAGGUCCCAAACAUCACAUUCCGUUCUUACAACGAACCAUUCAUCCACCACAUGAAAAAGUACUCAGAAAUGGUGAUUGAUUUGAUGAAAAAGGAGAAGUUGUUUGCACCCCAAGGAGGCCCCAUCAUCAUGGCUCAAAUCGAAAAUGAGUACAACAAUGUUCAACUAGCUUACAGAGACAAUGGUAAGAAAUACGUCGAAUGGGCUGCCAAUAUGGCUACUUCAUUAUACGAUGGAGUCCCUUGGAUCAUGUGUAAGCAAAAGGAUGCCCCUCCACAAAUCAUCAACACAUGCAAUGGAAGGCACUGUGCAGAUACUUUCACCGGCCCCAAUGGUCCCAACAAACCUUCUCUAUGGACUGAAAAUUGGACCGCCCAAUAUAGGACAUUCGGAGACCCACCAUCACAAAGAGCAGCAGAAGAUAUUGCAUUUUCUGUAGCCCGUUUCUUCGCAAAGAACGGAACUCUUACAAACUAUUACAUGUACUAUGGUGGAACCAACUUUGGAAGAACAGGCUCAUCUUUCGUGACAACUCGUUACUAUGAUGAAGCUCCCCUUGAUGAGUUUGGUUUGUAUAGGGAACCAAAAUGGAGUCACUUGAGGGAUUUGCACAGGGCUUUGAGGCUAUCAAGAAGGGCUCUCCUUUGGGGAACUCCCACUGUACAAACAAUCAACCAAGACCUUGAGAUUACAGUUUAUGAGAAGCCAGGAAGUGAUUGUGCUGCCUUUUUAACCAACAACCAUACAACUAACCCAGCCACCAUCAAGUUCAGGGGUAAAGAAUAUUACCUACCUGAGAAAUCCGUUAGCAUUCUUCCCGACUGCAAGACCGUUGUCUACAACACUCAAACGAUUGUCUCCCAACACAAUUCAAGGAACUUCGUGGCAUCAGAGAAAGCAAAGAAUCUUAAAUGGGAAAUGUACCAAGAAAAAGUCCCGACCAUCAAUGACUUGGCACUUAAGAACAGGGAACCUUUGGAACUCUAUAGUUUGACAAAGGAUACCUCAGAUUAUGCUUGGUACAGUACAAGUCUCACCUUCGAUCGCCAUGACUUGCCCAUGAGGCCUGACAUCCUCCCCGUCCUGCAAAUCGCAAGUAUGGGUCAUGCAUUGGUUGCCUUUGUUAAUGGCGAAUAUGUUGGGUUUGGACAUGGUAACAACAUUGAGAAGAGCUUUGUCUUCCAAAAGCCUAUCAUCUUGAAACCCGGAACUAACACCAUCUCAAUUCUGGCUGAGACCGUUGGCUUUCCGAAUAGUGGAGCCUACAUGGAGAAAAGGUUUGCUGGACCCAGAGGUAUAACAAUUCAAGGUUUGAUGGCUGGAACUCUUGAUGUAACCCUAAACAACUGGGGACAUGAGGUAGGUGUAUUUGGAGAAAAACAAGAACUGUUUACUGAAGAGGGUGCAAAGAAAGUAAAGUGGACUCCAUUAACUGGUCCUCCCAAAGGAGCUGUUACUUGGUACAAGACUUACUUCGAUGCCCCUGAAGGCAACAACCCAGUGGCCUUGAAAAUGGACAAAAUGCAAAAGGGUAUGAUGUGGGUGAACGGUAAAAGCCUUGGUCGUUACUGGUCAUCUUUCCUCUCCCCUCUUGGACAGCCCACUCAAUUCGAGUACCACAUUCCAAGAGCUUUCUUGAAGCCAACCAACAAUCUCCUAGUCAUCUUUGAGGAAACCGGUGGUCACCCAGAAAGCAUUGAAGUCCAAACAGUAAACAGAGACACAAUCUGCAGUAUCAUCACUGAAUACCAUCCUCCUCAUGUCAAAUCAUGGGAAAGAUCUGGUACUGACUUUGUCGCAGUUGUGGAAGAUCUCAAGUCAGGAGCACACUUAAGUUGCCCAGACAACAAAAUCAUCGAAAAAGUUGAGUUUGCUAGCUAUGGUAAUCCAGAUGGUGCCUGUGGAAACUUGUUCGAUGGAAAUUGCACUUCUGCCAACAGUAUCAAAAUUGCAGAACAAAAUUGCUUGGGGAAAAACACAUGCACAAUCCCAAUUGAGAGAGAAGCUUACGACGAGCCGAGCAAGGACCCAUGCCCUAACAUCUUCAAGACUUUGGCUGUUCAAAUGAAGUGUGGGAACAAGAAGUAGGGCUAUAGGCUGAAAGUUUGGCUAUGACAUAUAAAUGUAUAUAGUAGACUUCAUGCCUUGUAUUCACUUGUUUUUUAUUUCAAAUAAAAGAACAAUAUUUCAGCCA